GUGUCAGUGGUAUACUGUCAUGUACAGCUAGUGUCUUUAAAUUGACCCACUCCUUCUGUAUCUCCCUAUCUCCUUCUCUGGUCAGAGUGAAUAUAGGAGGAUAGCCAGCUCGCCAAUGUGCUCAUACUGACCUCCCUCUCUCUCUCUUCUUGCCAAAUUAAACAGUGGCCGUUUUCCGAAGUUCUUGUUCCUUAGUGACUUUCAGGCUCUCUCAUUCCCAUUCCCUCAUUCCACUUCUUCUUCUGCUACCUUUGGAAAGGAAAAAAAAUACUUCCAAGAGUAAAGCCGCCUGCUAUAGUUUUGUCUUUCGCUACAUCUAUAAAGUGAAAAUAUUUUAAAACCUGGACUGACAUAAACUGUAAUAUUCUAUUACAAGCUAACUAGGUCAUGGGUCUACUCACCUCGAACAUCUGGUUGUUGUGUGUGUCCCUGUGUUUGGCAGUGGCACUCUCAGGGUCUUCCCCUGUCUUGUAUGGAGAAGUGCAGUUACCUGGUUACCCAAAUCCCUACCCUGCCUCUCUCAAUGAAGUGUGGGACCUGGCUGUACCUCAGGGGUUCGCCCUCCAACUCACCUUCCGAUACCUCGAUAUUGAGCCCUCGCAAGAUUGCUACUAUGACUCUCUCACGGUGAUGUCUGGUAAGAAGGUUCUGGGAAGGUUUUGUGGUCAGAAUUCUGCCGAUGAGAAUCACCCCGGCAACAGUCCCAUCCUCUCGCCUAGCAACCGUCUGCGCCUCCUCUUCCAGUCAGACUCCUCCUCUCCUGGGCCUCAUCAGCAUAUCGGAUUUAAAGCCUUUUACCAGGCCAUAGAUGUGGAUGAGUGUGCGUCACCGGUGCAGGAAGGGGAGGAGCCUCUCUGUCAGCACUAUUGUCACAAUAUCCUGGGAGGAUACCUCUGCUCCUGUCGCCAUGGAUACGAGCUGCAGCCUAACAACAGGACCUGCCAAUUGCAGUGUGGAGGUGGGGUGUUCACCGAGCCCCGGGGGCUGAUCUCCUCUCCGGGGUACCCAAACCUGUCACCCCCUGGCCUGUCCUGCCGCUACACCAUCAGAGUGGAGCCCGGGUUCCACAUCACUCUCCACUUCCUGGGGCUGUUUGACAUUGAGCACCAGCUGUCCCAGUGCCCUCAUCACUGGCUCAAGGUGUCGAUCCCGGGUCAUGCCGAUCUUCUCCUGUGCGGAAGCGAAGCUCCGGCGCCGAUCGUGAGCUCCUCUAACGAGGUGCGGCUGGAAUAUCACACCGACCAGAGAGGAGACAGCCGGGGCUGGAGGCUGGAGUACACCACAGAGCGGGUUCAGUGCCCAUCUCCCAGAAGUAUCUCUCAUGGCAGAGUGACCCCACAAUUCUUAAAGUAUCAGUUCAGAGAUUACAUCCGAGUCAAGUGUGACACCGGCUACAAGCUGAUGAUGGGAGAGAAGGAGAUCGGAGGAUAUUUCUCCAUGUGUAAGAGCGAUGGACAGUGGCACCUCCCCCUGCCUGAGUGUCGCAUAAUAGACUGUGGGACACCUUCCAACCUGCUAAACGGAGGAGUGCAGUUUCUCUCUGGCUCUCUCAAUCAGUACCAGUCUGUCAUCCACUAUCACUGCAACGAGCCUUACUACGUCCUGGAGAGAGGGGCUGUCGUGAACUACACCUGCGCUGCUGACAGGAAAUGGACAGAUUCCAACAGCAACUACAUCAUCCCAACCUGUUUUCCAGUGUGUGGCAAGCCCUCAGCCUCUCCCUCCCUGACUCAGCGCAUUCUGGGGGGGCAAGACGCCGAGGAGGGGGCAUUUCCCUGGCAGGUGUUCCUGAACACCUUCUACGGGAGGGCGGGAGCAGCUCUGAUUGCCGAUCGCUGGAUCCUGACGGCUGCUCACAACGUGCAUUCCAAAAAGCAUUCCUUACAGUCUCUCGAGACAAUCGUAGAAUCCCUGGAGGUAUAUGUAGGAGACAACGAUGUGGAGAAUAUCCUGAAAAACAAGCUUUCUGUGGAGGCAGUGUUUCCUCAUCCUGGCUUUUCUCAGUCCUCGACUUCCUUCGAUAAUGACUUGGCACUCAUCAAGCUGAAGGAGCCUGUCACUGUCAACAGACACAUCAUGCCGCUGUGUCUGCCACCAGAGGGCACCCCUUACAGCCCUGGAAGUGUGGGUUACGUCUCAGGCUGGGGGGUGACGGAGGAGGACACCAUCUCCAACAGGCUCAAGUUCAUCCGCCUGCCUGUCGUUGAGCAAGAGAAGUGCAGAAGUUCCAUCGAAAGCCAGAGGGGGCGCCAGAGAGACAUCCCCACGCUUACUGAAAACAUGUUCUGUGCUGGAUUGCCCGAAGGUGGAAAGGACACAUGCCAGGGGGACAGUGGAGGGGCGUUCACCCUGCAGAAAGGGGGAUCAGGGGGCGCAUUUUACGCCGCUGGUAUAGUUUCGUGGGGGAUUAAGUGUGGGGAGAAGGGGACUUAUGGAGUAUACACUAAAGUGGGCAACUAUCUGAGCUGGAUCAAAGAGACAAUGGAGAAGAACUAGACAAGACAGAAGAAGCUAGAGGGGGCAAAGAGAGAGAGGAGAAGGAAGGACAGAGAAAGGGGAGAAAUGAGGUGCACAGUGUUCUGACUUAAAGACACAAACAGCAAUAAAACUGGAAAUCUGAGCUUC